AUGGCUCAACCUUUCCGGAGACGGUUUGCGCCGCUCAAGGAGACGGCGGCUGGACAACAUCAUGAGCUCCCUAGAUUGCAGGGAGUUAUAUUCGAUGUCGACGGGACACUGUGCCAACCCCAAAACCACAUGUUCACCGAGAUGCGCGCCGUCCUGGGCAUCCCCAAGAGCGUCGACAUCCUCGAGCACAUCUACAGCCUGCCCACCCCAUCCGAGCAAGAAACCGCCAUGUCGCACAUCCGCGCCAUCGAGCGCCGCAACAUGGCCGCCCAGGUACCGCAGCCGGGGCUCACGGACCUGAUGUCCUACCUCGACGCCCACAAGAUCCCCAAGGGCAUCUGCACCCGCAACUUCGCGCAGCCCGUCAACCACCUGCUCGCCAAGUUCCUCGCCGGCUCCGUCUUUCACCCGGUUGUGACGCGGGACUUCCGGCCGCCGAAGCCGGACCCCGCCGGCUUGCUGUUCAUUGCGCGGGAGUGGGGGCUCGUGCGGCCUGUCCCGGGACCCAGGGACGAGAAUGCCGUGCGGGAUGUGCUCGGCGCCUCUUCUUCUUCUUCUUCUUCUUCCACGCCAGAACAGCUAGGCGUGUCAGGCGUGCCAGGCGGCGACGAAAACGGCAUCCAAGACAAAAAACUCGAACAAGUAGGCGACGCGUCGCGCCUCAUCAUGGUCGGCGACUCGAUCGACGACAUGACGGCCGGCCACAGCGCCGGCGCCGCCACCGUGCUGCUGGUCAACGACGUCAACCGCCACCUGGCCGACCACGAGCACACGGACCUGGUCAUCGAGCGGCUGGACGAGCUGGUGCAGGUUUUGGAGCACGGGUUUGUGGGGAGGGAGAGGGGGGCGUCGUAG